GCCCUCGGCCGGGCAGCCCUCGUCGGGGUCCUUGUGCGGUUGCGUAGCAGCUGCGAGGACGCGGGGCGAGUCGAAGGCUGGGUGGCGCCGUGUCGCUUCGCUACGGGGCGGAGGUGGGAGCGACAGCCCUCCCUGUGCUUCUCGAUCGCCCGCCGCUUCCCGGGCGCUGGCCUGAGGCCCGGGGGACCUCGGUAAGCGCGGCCGGGCCUCUUCCUGAGCAUUGCGGCGCCACAGCCAGGAAAACUCUGUUUUCCACCCGGACCCGUGUGCACGCCGCUGCCAUGGCUCCGGCCGCGCGAAACUCUGCCGUCGCCGUGCCGCAAACCCCCUGAGGCGCCUGCAAGCUCCGCCCGCGGUGAAGGCCUGUGAGAAACGAGCGCCGCCGCUGCCUGACGCGUCGUUUCCGUGCGCCCCGUUAGCCGGGCCUGGAGCGCGGGACAUGCUCAGCCGUGUUUGCAGCGUUGCACACAGUGCCAAGACCUCUCCCCUGAACUGAGCCCCUUGUUGCAGCUAGGCGCCAAUGGCCGAGGACAGAGCCAAACCCUGUGAGCUGGACCAAGAGAAAUACGACGCUGGUGACAACGUGAAGAUCAUAUGCCUGGGGGACAGUGCUGUGGGCAAGUCCAAGCUGAUGGAGAGGUUUCUCAUGGAUGGAUUUCAGCCCCAGCAGCUGUCCACAUACGCCCUGACCCUGUACAAGCACACGGCCACGGUGGAUGGCAAGACCGUCCUUGUGGACUUCUGGGACACCGCGGGCCAGGAGCGGUUCCAGAGCAUGCACGCUUCCUACUACCACAAGGCCCAUGCCUGCAUCAUGGUCUUUGAUGUGCAGAGGAAAGUCACGUACAAGAACCUACACACCUGGUACACGGAGCUACGGGAGUUCCGGCCAGAGAUCCCGUGCAUCGUGGUGGCCAAUAAAAUUGACGCAGACAUAAAGGUGACCCAGAAAAGCUUCAACUUCGCCAGGAAGUUCUCCCUACCCCUGUACUUUGUCUCAGCUGCUGAUGGCACCAACGUUGUGAAGCUCUUCAACGAUGCAAUUCGAUUAGCUGUGUCUUACAAACAGAAUUCCCAGGACUUCAUGGAUGAGGUUUUGCAGGAGCUUGAGAACUUCGACUUGGAGCAGAAGGUGGAGGAUGAGCCAGACCAAGAGCAGCACGGUGCUGUCGAGGGCCCAGCCCCCUCCUGAGUCAGGGAAGGAGGCCUCUCCGUGUCCAGCCUGUUGGGAAGGGAGGGAGCUUUCAGAAUGCCCCUCCCUUCAGCAGCCACCAGCCCUGAACUGUGUCUCUUCCAGGCAGUCACCCACUCUGCCUCCUGCAAACCCGCCUGUCCCAUUCACUUCCCCUACUCGAUGGCCCGUGGUGCCUGAACCUUCCACAGUUGUCCCCUUCCCUGUACUUGGGCAGGAAUGGGUCGGCACCAGCAAGCACCCAGGACACGUAGAUGAGGUCCACAGCAGACGCUGGAGCAGAAUUGGGGGUCAGCAUAAGCCUCCCAGGGUCGCACAGCAAAUGGACUCAGGCAACAUGCUUUGUGUGUGUCCUAAAUAAAAGGGAGUUUAGGUGGCUUCUUUGUCUCCCAGAACUA